CGCAGCCGCCCCCGGAAGUGGACUUCGGCUCCCCAGAAGCUGGGCGUCUGUGCCCGAAACUCGCGGGUUCGCGGCCGUAGUGGGGCCGGCUGCAGCCAUGGCCGGGAGUCAGGACCUGUUCGACGCCGUCGUGAUGGCGGAUGAGAGGUUCCACGGGGAAGGGUAUCAGGAAGGCUAUGAAGAAGGAAGUAACCUGGGUAUGAUGGAAGGACGACAGCACGGCACAUUGCAUGGAGCUAAAAUUGGAUCCGAGAUUGGCUGCUACCAAGGGUUUGCAUUUGCUUGGAGAUGCCUCCUGCAUGAGUGCUCCACAGAGAAAGACAGCAAAAAGAUGAAGGUCUUAGAAUCCUUGAUUGGAAUGAUUCAGAAAUUCCCUUAUGAUGACCCAACUUAUGAUAAACUUCAUGAAGACCUAGACAGAAUAAGAGGGAAAUUUAAGCAGCUUUGUUCGUUGCUAAACGUUCAGCCCGACUUUAAAAUCAGUGCGGAAGGUUCUGGACUUUCAUUUUGAGGAUGACAGACGAACAAAGACAACAUUAAGGAACAGAUGUUCGUAUGUUAAGUGUUUACAAAUGUGGUUAAAGGCAAAACAGUGGUGGAAUAGUCAUUGUUUUGCAGGGAGGGUUCCAGUUUGGCGGGUGAAAGGGCUUCCUUCCCCUGAGGUCUGCCUGUGUCGCCUCGGUGCGCCCGCGGAGCCCCCCCCCCCCAACAAGCCCGCCCUUUGUUGGGCCCUGUCUGCUCUGCAGUCUGAGGGUGGCCCUGGCGGAGCCCUGGCAGGGCUGCUCGUCUCUGGUCCAGGGGCCAGGCUGCUGGCUCAUGGGCUCCCGCCACCUGGCAGGCCUGGCUGGAUCUAGACUCAGGUUAGCUCUGGACAGGAUAACCACUUCCCCUUACCCCCUGGGCUUUGGUCAGGGCUCAGAGGGACAGUUUUUUGAUAACAGAGCCACAGGGUUGACAUGAAGCAGGUCAGUGGGAAGGAGUGAUGGGUACUGUGACAUUUAUUGACCUUUGAGAUGCACCAGCGCUGUGACUUGCUUCCUGUGUUUUUUUGGUCCCUGCAGGAACCCACGAGGUGGGCGUUGUUGCCAUUUUAUAGAUGAGGAAACUGAGGCCCAAGUGCCUGCCUGGUCCAAGGGCAGUGGGUGGUAGAGCUGGGCCUCUGACCCCGUCUCCUGGUGCUGGCUCUGCAAUGUGCACUGGCACCCAUGGGCUUGGGGUCCCUGCCCCGCUGUGCUCUGGGGAGCCCUGGGGCGUCUGGCUGAGAGGAGGAGAGACCAGCCCUGUCCCCAGGGACCGGGAAUGCCCUUUGUGUGUCCCCGGGUGGGUGGGGCUCUGCAGCAUGAGAAACGGUCAAGGGGAGGAGAUUUUAAGGCCACUGUUCUAUGUGCAGAAGCUUUGGGUCCUUACUGUAUCUUUCCUUUUUGUGUGAGUUCUUCCGUCUUCUGCCCAGACUUGUCUGUAUGUGGUGAGGUCCCGGCAGGCCAGGCGUUUCUCUGCCGCGCACGUCCAGGCCUCUUGGGCAUUGCGGCCCCAGGCCUCUCCCCACCCACUCCUGGCCCAGGGAGCAGGUCUGGAAGCUGGGAGUAAGAUGAGCCCAGGGUAGCUGUGAGUCUGCUCAAGGUUUAAAAUCAUUCCAGAGCGUCUGGGUAAACGGUGCUCCCCUGGUAGCUGCUGGGGGUCCCUGUGGGGUCUGGGACACUGGCCCUCACCGCGUGCCGAAGAGGGAGAAACGGCUUCUGGUUGUUGGAGGACAAGACGUGGGCUUUAUCCUGCUCAGCUGUCUUAUGUGUCUCGCUGUGUGUUCCGCCUGCAGCCCCACCAGCUCGCGGGGGCCAGGGCUGGGCGCACGGCCUCAGAUGCGCCUUCAUCACCGGGACCAGCCACACUCAUCUCUGGCCGGUGGGAUGGAGGGGCUUUUGUUGUGUUCCUGGGUAGAUUUUUCUGUUUCCUAAGCUGCCUGUUUGGAUAAUGUAUUAUUUUUAUAAUUGGGGAAAAAAAUAAAUGGCAUAUUUUAAAACAAAAGGCCACCUGGGAC